AUGCCAAGAACGAAUGAAUACGGUCAAGCAAUUGGCGAAGCUGUGCCAGGUUGGACAGCUCGACCAUGGCCAGUAGAUGUUACAUUGAAUGGACGAACGUGUCGUUUGGAACCGCUUGAUCCAAUCAAACAUUCCAAUGAUCUCUUCGAGGCAUACCUGUUGGCUCCCGAUGGACGGGAUUGGACUUAUAUGUUUGAAGAACGAUUCAUUGAAUUGGAACCGUUUCGGAAGUAUAUCGAACGUAUUGCAAAAGGUUCGGAUCCAAAAUAUUAUGCUGUCAUUGAUCUAACAACGGAUAAGGCAGUUGGAAUAUUGUCAUACCUGCGGAUUGAUCCAGCAAACGGUUCGAUCGAAGUGGGUUGGAUAACAUUUUCACCGCUACUUAAGCAAACUGUUCAAUCAACUGAAACGCAUUACCUUUUGAUGGCAUAUGCUUUUGAUGAACUUGGUUAUCGUCGUUACGAAUGGAAAUGCGAUAGUUUGAAUGCACCAUCACGAAAAGCUGCAGCUCGACUUGGGUUUAGAUUCGAAGGCAUUUUUCGGAAUGCUGUCGUUUAUAAGGAGCGUAACCGUGAUACGGCCUGGUUCUCAAUCAUCGACACAGAAUGGCCGACCAUUAAAGCUGCCUUUCAGGCAUGGUUGAAGCCCGAAAACUUUGACAACCAAGGGAAACAAAUAAAAACUUUCGUGGAAUUUCGCGGAAAUUGA